CCACAGACCCUCCUGGGUUUCCCUCUUUCAGGCUAGCUGCUGGUUCCACGAGAUUUUGCGCAGGCAUCGUGAGCACAGCACGGCACCUGUCCAUCGAGCUGAAGAUGGCCGACUACUCCAACAAGCUGUAUCAGCAACUUGAGCAAGAGACUGGGGUAAAAACAGGUUACGUGAGGACUGGCUCUAUCUCUCUAGCUCAGACGCAAGACCGGCUGAUCUCCCUGAAGCGCAUAGCCUCGCGGCUCAAGGUCAUGGGGAUCCCAUGUGAACUCAUCCCGCCCAAGAGAGUGACGCAGCUCCACCCGCUUCUCAACAUCCACGACUUGGUGGGGGCCAUGCACCUCCCAGAGGAUGCUGUCGUUUCAUCGGCCGAUGUGAGCCUCGCCUUGGCCAGUGCUGCCUCUUUGAAUGGUGCCCAGAUCCAUGAGCGGACAAGUGUUAUCCACGUCUUGUGCCAAAAGGGUUGUGUGGCUGGAGUGGAGACUGACAGAGGGAUGAUCGAGUGCCAGUAUUUUGUUAACUGUGCUGGGCAGUGGGCUUACGAGCUGGGCCUUUCCAACGAGGAACCAGUCAGCAUCCCUCUGCAUGCCUGCGAGCACUUCUACCUCCUGACCCAGCCCUUGAAGACGCCGCUGGAGAGCAGCACGCCAACUAUUGUGGACCCUGAUGGGAGGAUCUACAUCCGCAGCUGGCAGGGGGGCAUCCUUUCAGGUGGCUUUGAGAAGAACCCCAAGCCGAUCUUCACAGAGGGCCGGAACCAGCUGGAGAUACAGAACCUGCAAGAGGACUGGGAUCACUUUGAGCCACUUCUGAGUGCCCUUCUGCGGAGGAUGCCAGAUCUGGAGGCGCUGGAGAUCGUGCAGCUGGUGAAUUGCCCAGAAUCCUUCACUCCAGACAUGCGGUGCAUCAUGGGAGAGUCGCCCAAUGUGCAGGGCUACUUUGUCCUGGCUGGGAUGAACUCGGCUGGCACGUCUUUUGGUGGAGGAGCAGGCAAGUACAUGGCUGAAUGGAUGGUGAACGGCUACCCCUCUGACAACGUGUGGCCCCUGGACCUGAAGCGCUUUGGGGCUCUGCAGAGCAGCCGCACCUUCCUCCGCCACCGCGUCAUGGAAGUGAUGCCCCUGAUUUAUGACCUGAAAGUUCCCCGCUGGGAUUUCCAGACCGGCAGGCAGCUGCGCACGUCACCCCUCUAUGACCGGCUGGAUGCACAAGGAGCCAGGUGGAUGGAGAAGCACGGCUUUGAGAGGGCCAAGUACUUUGUGCCACCUGGGAAAGACUUGCUGGCCCUGGAUCAGAGCAAGACCUUCUACAAGCCAGACUGGUUUGACAUUGUGGGGGCAGAGGUCAAGUGCUGCAAGGAGGCCGUCUGCGUCAUUGACAUGUCCUCGUUCACCAAGUUUGAAAUAAGCUCCACAGGGGACCAGGCCCUGGACAUCUUGCAGUAUCUCUUCUCCAAUGACCUGGAUGUGCCAGUGGGGCACAUAGUGCACACAGGGAUGCUCAAUUACAAUGGAGGAUACGAGAACGACUGCAGCAUUGUCCGCCUAAACAAGCGCAGCUUCUUCAUGAUUUCCCCCACAGACCAGCAAGUCCAUUGCUGGUCCUGGUUGAAGAAGCACAUGCCUGUUGACAGCAACCUGUUCUUGGAAGACGUAACCUGGAAGUACACAGCAUUGAAUCUGAUUGGCCCACGCGCUGUGGACGUCCUGUCAGAGCUGUCCUAUGCUCCAAUGACCCCAGAGCACUUUCCCUCCCUCUUUUGCAAGGAGAUGAGCGUGGGCUACGCCAACGGCAUCCGAGUUAUGAGCAUGACGCACACUGGAGAACCGGGAUUCAUGCUCUACAUCCCCAUUGAGUACGCUCUGCACGUGUACAACGAGGUGAUGAGCGUGGGGCAGAAGUACGGGAUCCGGAAUUCUGGCUACUACGCGCUCCGCAGCUUACGCAUUGAGAAGUUCUUUGCCUUCUGGGGCCAAGAUCUGGAUGCUUUCACCACGCCGCUGGAAUGUGGGCGCGAGUUCCGGGUUAAACUAGAGAAGGGCACUGACUUCAUAGGGCGGGAGGCGCUGAUGCAGCAGAAGCAGGAAGGGGUCUACAAGCGCUUCAUCAUGUUCAUUCUUGAAGACCACGACACAGACUUGGACCUGUGGCCCUGGUGGGGGGAGCCCAUCUACCGGAACGGCCAGUACGCCGGCAAGACCACCAGCAGUGCCUAUAGCUACACACUGGAGCGGCACGUCUGCCUGGGCUUCGUCCUGAAUGUGGACCCAGAGACCGGUGAGGAGCAGCCGGUGACGCCCGACUUCGUCAACCAGGGCGAAUACGAGAUUGAUAUUGCAGGGCAGCGCUUCCAGGCCAAGGCCAAGCUUUAUCCCUUCAGCUCCCUCUUCACGACCCGCCGGCGCAAGGAUGAAAUGGAGUUCAGUGGCUUCCAGGCGAAAUAGCUCAGUGCUGCAUCUUUCAGACUUUUCAACGCUGCUGCUCGUUGGGACUUUGUAAAGCCCCUCUGGUCUGUUACAUUUUGUACACCAUAACACCUUUCCCCCCCUCUCCUCUCCUUCCAUACAUAUCUCUUCUUUUCUGCUCAUCCCGGUUGUUUUCCAACAUUGGCUUCAGCCACUGAGCUCCAGGCCAAAAGGGCUCUGUUGCGUCCCGAGCUCCAGCCUCCGCUUGUCCAAUCAGCGAGGACUCAUGUGCCCUGAGAACAUUGGCUGUGGCCUGGUGGGGCCUCUUGCGCUUGGAAGCACCCUCGGGCCCUUGGGAUCUCUCCUCUCCUGCAACGUGCAACAUCACCCCAGGGCCCAUCAAGCCAGUGGCCAGCCAUUGUCCUUUGCAGUUUUCUUUCUUGUGCUGCCUGUCGGAGAGGCCAGCAGGCAUUGUAAGGAAACAGCGAGUUUUUCUCCAUGUUGGGAGUGGGUGUGAGCAAUCUAUGAGCUGCACCAAUCAGGGUCAGCAUCCUACAGAAAAUUUGGUGUCCUUGGAAUGGAGCUGCUUGGGUGACUCCCCAGUGUCUAUGGAUUGUGUGACUGAGGGUGCUUGCUUUUGGGUUUGCUGUGUUACAGAAUCCUCCUCCUUCCCUUGUGCUUUCUUCUUUGUUUUCAGUCUUGGAUUGAUUGGUUGGUUGGUUGUGCAAUAUAUGGUGUUCAAAACCCUGACUUGUGCCAGCCUUUAGUCAACAGGCCUCUAGUUGCUUAGAGGUUAGGGCUGAGGGCUGUGGGUGUAAGAUGCACCGUCUUAAUGGCUGAGCCAUGGCUUUCUGUUGGCAUCCCCCCCCCCCCACUAAUCCAAGUCCUGUGGGUAAGUGGUUGGUCACCUUUGCUUGGCCCCAGAAUGGCUCUCCUCCUUCCCAGCACUCGCCUCCUUUGCAGCUCCUGAGAACAGAAUCUUGCAUGCCAUCUUUCACAAGGAGGGCUGUCCCAUCUCAGGCUUUAGGGAGUGUUUGCGUUGGGUGGAGGGAGGGAAGAGCCUUAGCCUUCUCACUGUCAUGAAAAUGAUUUGAGGCUGGGGGUUCUUUAAGCCAGGGGAAUUUGCGCUGAAAGGCAGGCAUGCCAUGCCAAAGAGUGUGACCUCUGGCCACUUGCAGCAGUCCAGUUAGCUGUCACUGCAAACAAGAAAGAGGAAACUGAGCUUGAGGAAUGAGGCAGAGCAUCUGUGCCUUGCAAAUUCUCCCAGCAAUACAGAUCGGUGGGGUUUCAAGCUGCCAGGGUUCCCUUUGAAAAAUCCUUUAGACUGGCUCCCUGAGGCUGCUUUGUGUCUUUCCCUUUUCCCCACAUGCCAGGCAGCUCUUCUCUCCUCCUGUCUGAGUUGCUCGACGUAUCAUAAUGUUGCUGACCAUUAUCCGCGCAAUGUUUUUCAGUGCUGCUGCCCUUUCCGAGGGCAAGCGCCUGAGGCCUCUGCUCCCAUACUCCAAGGUUGCCAGUCAGCAAAAAAAAAAAAAAAA